AUGAAAACGAACCGGGAACAGAAAGCGUCGGAGGACGCCGAACAAAAACCCGCUACAUCAGCCGCCAGACAGAUCGAGGAGGGGAGCUUCUCCGAAUCCGACGACGCAUCCACGACCCGAGCCAUGGGGGUCAGGUGGAUUUCCUACCGGCGGAAGGACGAACUCCAAGCUAUCCUCAAGGAGUUCGGUUUGAACACCCAGGGCCAGGUGGACGAACUGCGACCCAGGCUUGCAUCGUUCAUCGGAGGGUCCAACCACAGUCCGGCGCUCCGGGAACGCUUUGCCGCAUUGGAGGCCAUCUACCCAGAGGCUCCCACAUCAAAGGUAGUGACCAACCGGUCCACCUCACCGAUGCCCGGCGCAGGGGACACCCUUCUCUCCGUGCCACCUCCAGAACACCGUCACACGAGCCCAGGACGUGGAGUCCAAGGCUCCCACCCCGCUGCCCAAUCGCCAUCCCAGCACAUGUCCGCAGCCGCAUUCGCCGAGAAGCUUCGGGGAUGGGGCGUCCAUUUCGAUGGACAAGCCGACCCCCUGCACUUCAUGGAACGAGUCGAGGAAGGCGCUACGUCAUACAGCGUACGGAACAGCGACAUCCCACGAGCCAUCGCCGGAUUACUGUCGGGCCGCGCCGAAGGCUGGUACCGAGCCUACCAGAUGCACGCCGUGCCCUGGGAAACUUUCAAGCGGGAGUUCUUGGAAUUUUUUCUACCUCCACGGUACUACCAGCGCCUGGAGGAUGCGAUCAGGACCCGACACCAACAAGGCGGCGAGCCUUUCAAGUUCUAUGUGGUAGAACUACGCCUGAUGAUGCAGCGGGCAAAUUACUCGUUCGAACAGGAGCUCGAAAGGAUUUACGAGAAUCUGCUACCGGAGUAUCACCUCUUCAUAAGGCGUCACGAAUUCUCCUCGCUGGAAGGGUUGACACAACUAGCCACCGCUUUCGAAAUUGCUCGGGACCGAGACCCAGUCCGACAAGCAGCACUAGUUCCACCCGCCAGUGGAAACUACACUACGAGGAGCAGCCCUCCGCCCGGCCCUCGCCGACGAGAGCCCAUACGACCAGCGGCGACGCCUUUCGGCACAUCGAAUCCAGCGAUUACAAACCGGAUGAUUUCCCAGGAGGCCGAAGCACCUGUCGACGUGACCCGAGCCUGUAGUCGCUGCGCUGAGGUGGGACACUUCGUUCGGGAAUGCCAGAAUCCGCCAGUCCUAUACUGCUGGGACUGCGGGAAACGUGGUACUCGCACCAUUGACUGCUGCCGGCAGUCGGGAAACAACCGGGGUCCUCGCACACAGGGAGCAGGCGGCGACCCACUCAGCGCUCCCCCAUCAUUAAAUCCACCGCUCCGCUUGACGGGAGGCCGGAUCGUCGCCACGGUUACCAUCGAGGGGCAACUCUUCGCGGCAACCAUCGACACGGGGGCCUCCAGAAGCUUUGUCAGCGAAGCGCUGGCCAACCGGCUCGAUUCGGGUCGAAACAUCAAAGAGGCUCGCACCCAAAUAUCCCUGGCGGACGGAUCCCCGAAGGAAGUCACCAAGGCCCUGCACGCACAAGUGCGCCUGGACCAACAACAUGUCCGCAUGACCCUCCUGGUCCUGCCAACGAUCUUGGACGAGGUGAUCCUCGGGAUCGACUUUCUCUGUGGCAUCCGGGCAACCCUAAUCUGCGGCCAGGUGUGCCUCCAACUAGCUCCGCCCACCACACGAAGAGCCGAACCAGGCCCAGCCACCCGAGCGGCGCCAACAGCGGCGGUCGCCCACCUUUCGGACCCACCGACUCCUACCCGGCGGACAACAAGGACCAACAAGGAGGCCACAACGGGUCCCAUACCCGCCCCAAGGCAGCGCAUCACCGCGGGACGGAACCCAGCUCCAGUUCCAUCGGAACGCUCGCCACCACCGGUUCCUCCCGCCACUACCACGGGAAUCACGAAGGCCGAUGUCACCGUCAAGGAAGGCAGGUACAGCCUCCAGCCACUACCGGAUGCCGCCGUGGCCAAGAAAAGGAGCCCUUUUCGGAGGUAUCUCGCGGGUCAGGACCGUUUAGCCAGUACAACAACAGGAACGUCCCCCGACGACCCGGAUACGCCACGUUCUUCCCCGGGAAGCCCGAUAAGAAUCGGGAAGUACCAGCUACUCGCCCAGCCGGAUACAAAGGACGCUCAGAGGCGCAAUCCGUUCCGGAGGCAUUGCCCUCACGGACACCUGGCCACAGUCGCGGAAUCCCCGCCGGGAUCGCUAGUGUCUGAGGAACCUCUCGACGCAGUAACCCUCCGGUUCCUUCAAGAGGAGCUUAGGUAUUUCGACCAGCUGCAAGGAACGACGGAUAUAGCCGAGCACACCAUCACCCUUCGGGGAGAUAAACCGCUGAAACAGCGGUAUUAUCCCAAGAACCCGGCCAUGCAGCGUAUCAUCAACGAGCAGGUGGACGAACUGCUGCAGGAUGGACGAAUCGAACCCUCUCGAAGUCCGCACAGCGCACCGUUGGUGCUAGUCCGAAAGAAGACGGGGGACAUGCGGAUGUGCGUUGACUAUCGUCAACUCAACGCACACUCCAUACCCGACGCGUACCCGCUUCCACGCAUCAACCAUAUCCUGGAACGCCUACGGAAUGCCCGGUUCAUCUCCACGUUGGACCUUAAAAACGGGUAUUGGCAGAUUCCCAUGGCAGAAGGCAGUCGAGAAUGCACCGCAUUCACUGUCCCCGGACGUGGACUCUUCCACUGGAAGGUCAUGCCGUUUGGGCUCCACUCCGCCCCAGCGACUUUCCAACGAGCUCUGGACAGCGUCAUCGGCCCCGAUAUGGAACCCCACGCCUUCGCCUAUUUAGACGACAUCAUCGUCAUCGGGGCAACGUGGGAGGACCAUGCGCGCAAUCUGAGGGAAGUCUUCCGGCGCCUUCGAGAAGCGAAUCUACGCUUAAAUCGGGGUAAGUGCAAGUUCUUCCAAAGAAAACUAGUGUAUUUGGGUCACCUGAUCAGCGGGGAAGGCAUCAGGACAGACCCCGACAAAAUAGCGGCCAUCCAGGGGCUACAUCCCCCGACUAAUGUCAAGGAACUUCGCCGCCAACUCGGAAUCGCAUCCUGGUACAGACGUUUUGUCCCAGACUUUGCCUCACUCGUACAACCAAUGUCACGACUCCUGAGGAAGGGAGUAAAAUGGACCUGGGAAGAACCCCAACAGCAGGCGUUUGAUUCGCUUAAGGCUCGACUGACGUCCGCUCCUGUAUUGGCCUGCCCAAACUUCGAGUAUAAGUUCCAACUUCAGACGGACGCCAGCGACAAAGGACUCGGCGCGGUCCUCACCCAGAAUAUUGAGGGCGACGAACGGGUAAUCGCCUACGUGAGCCGUCGACUCGAGCGGGCGGAGGAAAAUUACUCGGCCACUGAAAAGGAGUGCCUCGCCAUUGUGUGGGCCACCCGAAAGCUACGUUGCUACCUGGAGGGUUACAAGUUCGACGUUAUCACGGAUCACCUGGCCCUUAAAUGGUUGAACUCCAUUAACAACCCCACGGGACGUAUAGCACGGUGGGCACUGGAGCUCCAGCAGUACCAGUUCGACGUACUCUACCGGAAGGGCAAAUACAACGUGAUCGCCGACGCCCUCUCCCGGCAACCACUUGGAAGACUCCAGUUACUCGCAGAACUUAAGUGCCACUGCAAAUGGGUACGAAAGAUGCAGGAGCAGGUCCAAAGACACCCCGAGAAGUUUCCGGAUUACUCCCUGGAUAAUGGACAGCUCUAUAAACGCAUAGGGCAUCCCGCAGGCAUCAGAGUAGGCAACCCCUGGAAGCUGUGCGUGCCGCGAGAACAGCGUCAACGCGUGCUGGGAGAAUGCCACGACCACCCCGCCGCCGGACACCUAGGCAUCCGGAAGACGCUCAGGAGGAUCGCCCAGCGUUACUUCUGGCCUGGACUUCAUCGGGACGUGGUACGCUACGUUACUAGCUGUCUGACCUGCCAACAAUACAAGGUUAGUCAGUAUAAACCAGCCGGCAAGAUGCUCACUCGCCGACCUACAGAGCCGUUCGCGCUCGUCGGAGCCGACUUCGUUGGACCCCUUCCCCGGACCCGGCGAGGAAACACCAUGCUCUUGGUUUUCAUAGAUGUAUUCUCCAAGUGGGUAGAGCUCAUCCCAUUGAGGAAAGCCACCUCCGCCCAACUGGAGUUCGGAUUCCGAGAAAGGAUCCUCUCUCGCUUUGGAGCCCCCAGAAGGUUGAUUUGCGACAAUGGCACGCAGUUCACCAGCCGAAGCUUCCGGGUGUUCUGCAGGAACAACGGCAUUCAACUGGAAUACACCGCGCCGUACUCUCCCCAGCAAAAUCCGACGGAACGCGCCAACCGCACUAUCAAGACCAUGAUAGCACAAUAUGUGAACCAGGAUCACCGGUCGUGGGACCAGCUACUGCCCGAGAUCUCCCUCGCCAUCAACACUAGCAUCUCAGAUAGCACGGGGUUUAGUCCGGCUUACCUAGUACAGGGUCGGGAGCCUAGGUUGCCAGGUGCCCUCUUCGAUGCGGUCGCACCCGACUUACAGGCCUCGCCAUUGGAUCCAACGGAACGAGCCAGAAGGCUUCAAGAAGCGUUCCGCACCGCCCUAGAAACCAACCAGAUAGCUUCUCAGGAACAAAGUCGACACUACAACCUGAGGCGACGUGAGUGGCGACCCCAACUAGGCUCACAGGUGCUAGUCCGCCUUCACCAUCUGUCCAAAGCCAGCGAGGGCUUUAACGCAAAACUUGCGCCAAAGUACGCGGGCCCGUUUAAGGUGGUGAAAUUUCUAUCAUCAAACGUCGUGCGGCUACAACAGAUAGACGGCCGGAAAAGGCGUACAGCUGGCAUAGGCGAUCUAAAAGAGUAUCAUCAGCGAGAAGAACAACUAGACGACUCUUCAGAAAGCCCCAGAAGGAGCGAUUCGCACCACGCACCUGAUGACGUGCUCGUUACACCACUGCAAGGGUAAACAUAAGUGGCGUACUCGCCAGCAAGUUAUUUUAAGCGGGAAAAUUGUAUCGAAUAGGCUAAUUAAAGACAGUUGAUCUUCGCACUCAGAAAAAAGACAACAGCGUGCAACAAAUGGAUCCCUAUCAUGUGGAGGGAGAGUACAGACCCGUCGACCACCGAGGAGGCUCUACGGCCAGCAAUAGCGGAGAGUCCCAAGGCGGCGACUCGGUGUUAUCCACCCACAGCCCGACUCCACCCCCGUUCAGCCCAUGGCAGGG